AUGGCGUCUGCAUCCACCAAAGCAAUGCGCGCAUGGCAAUACACCAGUGCAGCCGGUGGCCUGCACAAGAGCUUGACCCUCUCCUCCACCGCAGCGCACCCACGUCCAACAACACCACCAAAGCUGGCCAAGGAUGAACUACUCGUCCGUGUGCGCGCAGCAGGACUCAACCCAAUUGACUACAAGCUCGCAGAGCUCCCCUACGGCAUGUCACGCGCCAUGAUCUCGGUACCAGCCAGUCCCGCCAUGGACUUUGCCGGUUCCGUCGUCGCUCAUGGCGCCGAAACAGAGUUCCCUGUCAAGACGGGUGAUUCAGUGUUUGGUCGACUUGACCCCAGCCAAUUUGGCGCGCUCGGGGAGUUUGUGGUUGCAAAGUCCCCUGGGUGCGCCACGCUGCCGAGCACAGUGAGCUUUGAGCACGCUAGCGGCGUAGGAUCGGCCGGCCAGGUGGCCUACAGAAGCGUCGUGUACAAUGUCCCGGAACCGUCGCGGGAGCGGUCCGCCGCAAACGCCAACUUUCGCAUCUUUAUCAAUGGCGGUAGUGGUGGUACUGGCACGUUUGCCAUCCAGAUUGCAAAGCUGCUGGGCUGCCAGGUGACCGCGUCCUGCUCAACCGGCAACGUGGACUUGUGCCAAAGCCUGGGCGCAGACGAGGUCAUCGACUACACCCAAGGCAGCAUUGUCGACUGUCUCAAGGCCAAGGGCCAAGUCUUUGACCUGGUCAUAGAUUUUGUCGGUCUACCCUACAAUCUGUACAAGGCUUCUGAUCACUUUCUUGUGCCGAAUGGCAAGUACGUGCAGGUUGGCGCGGAUAUGACGCUCAGUAGCAUGGGGAAUCUGACUUCGCGCAUGGUGCUGCCCUCUUUUCUUGGAGGGGGUUCGCGCAAGUUUGCUCUAGAGGCAGUCAAGAACAGUCAUAGAGAUCUGUCCCGCCUCGGAGAGUGGAUAGAAAGUGGAAAGAUCAAGGUCGUUGUGGACCAAAUCUUUGCCUACGAGGACGCACCAAAGGCCUACGAGAAGCUUAGGACAGGUCAUGCGAAAGGCAAGAUAAUCGUCAAGGGUGCACCGUAA